AUGAAUGCCUUGAUAUUCAUAGUAAUUCUUAUUGUUCAAGCGAUUGCAGAGAAACGGAUUUUACUGAACGAUCCAAGUUUACUUCAGUCUCAGAUAAUUCAUGCUCUAGAGAGAAAAGUGGAGGAUGGAGUUGGUAAAUACACACACCUUUCUAUUACAUACGCUAAUCUAAUAAGCAAAUACAAAGACUUGUCCACCAAAAACAACGACCAAUCCGCAAAGUUCGCUGACCUGUCCACUAGAUACACUGACUUAACUUCCACAUACAACGACCAAUUUUCUAAACACAUCGAGCUGUCUACCAAACACAACGAGCUGUCUACCAAAUACACUGACCUGUCUACCAAAUACACUGACCUGUCUACCAAAUACAAUACGUUGCUGGCCAAAACUAACGUUGGUGGAAUAUUCGUGCGAUGGGGAAGAAAGGAUUGUCCUGCAAACAACACAGAACUAGUUUACUCAGGGUUUGCUGGAGGUUCCUUGUAUGACCACACCGGGGCCGCCGCCGAAUUUGUUUGUUUACCACGUGAUCCAGACUUAGUAACUGGGUUUACCUCAGGUACUGCAUACGUGUAUGGAUCAGCAUACGACACCAAUGAAUUUGGACAUCGCAGCGGAAACGACCUUCCCUGUAGUGUUUGCCGUAGCACGGUACAGUCCAGUGUUCUGAUGAUUCCUGGUAAAUCCUCUUGUUACGAUGGCUGGACCAUGCAGUAUCACGGUCAUCUCGUGGCGGGAGCCAUUAUUCAUAAAGCUGCCACCCAGUACAUAUGUUUAAAUGAGCAUCCUGAAGCUUUGACUGCAGGACAAGAUGACCACGACGGGAAAUUAUUUUAUCCUGUCUUAGCAGUGUGUGGGUCAUUAGCCUGUCCACCAUAUGAGGACGGCAAAUACCUUACUUGUGCUGUCUGUACCAAAUAA